AUGUGUAUCCACGUGAAUGCGACGGGGAACUACAUUCGGCCUAUUCCAAAGUAUAUCUUGUCUGCUUGCGCGGUUCUCCAUUCUUACCUCAGCCUGAACCCCAACAGGCAUGAUAAACAGCCGAAUGCCCCCUCGCCUUUCAGAACCAUGAGAAGCUUAGACAGUACAUGCCCCGAAGCGAUUGUUGCUUAUCUCAACAUGAUAAAUCAAACAUAUCCUGCAUCCAAGCACACCGAUUCCCAAGCCGCGUACCGGUACCCUUCCCCUCCCCUCUCCCGCAAACUCCCAAACUUCACCAACCCCCACAGCCAACCAAAACACUUCCCCCUCUUAAACCAACUGCCCGCCCAUCCCCCUUUCCCCCAACCAACCUUCGGCAUCACCAAGACGACCACCGCACAAAUGCCGUCUACCCCAGACUCGCGCGAUCCCAAAAACGACCUUAGCCCAGCCCCUCCCCCGCACCAAAGAUGGGCCGGGUAA